AUGUCCAUCUCGGCAUCAGAAAAGGACUGGGCAACGUCGGAGCGGGACCACCCUGACACAGAAGGCCCCACAGACCUCCAAGAGGAGCUCGCCAGAGUCUUUGACAAGGCUGUUAAGGAGCUCGACCUCGCAUGGAGUGCUCUGGAAGAGCCCACCAGGAGUAAGCCGCCGCCAGGCUGCUUCGAGGAGGAAGACCCCGAAGCCCACGACUACGUGCGCAUGCCCCCCAUCGAGGAGACCGUCGCCGUGCAUCUGUGGCCUUCCUCAGCCCCCCACCUUGAUCACAAGGCCUUCACCUCCACUUUUUUAGACAGUCGGACCAGCUCUUGGUCGAAAUAUUCACAAGGUACUUCAAGUUCAAUUGAUUUCACCUCUCCCGCUUUAGCGAUGAAGGGAGUUGAUGAUCUUCUAUAUCCAGGAAAAACCAUCAUCAUUAACGACGCAGAUGAAGUCUGGCCCCAUCUUUACAUAGGGGACAUGGGUAUAGCUGUGAAUUGCGCAGAGCUGAGAAGUAUGCAAUUCACCCAUGUCCUGAACUGCGCCCACAGCUCCAGACAUGAUGGCGAGAUUUAUGAUGGCAUGGGCAUCACGUACAUGGGCAUAUGCGCAUAUGAUUCACCCAUGUAUGACAUGAGUGCCCACUUUAACAAUGGGGCUGAGUUUAUACAUACAGCACUGGAAGAGGGAGGCAAAAUCCUGGUUCACUGUCAAGUUGGAGUGAGUCGGUCUGCAACUAUAGUUUUGGCAUAUCUCAUGCUAAAACAAAACAUGACGCUGACAGAGGCAAUCAAGAAGGUAAAAGAAAGAAGAGGCAUCUACCCCAACCCAGGCUUCCUCAGACAACUGAUCAACCUUCACAUUCAAUUAUAUGCCUAAGACACACUAUCGCCAUUAGUUA